UGUGAGCUGACUCAGACAUUCUCACACAGACACACAUGCAGAGGGAGUAUGGGAUUGCUGAUUGUCCUGGCGUUGCUGUUUGCCACAGGCUCUGCUGUGGAAGUGUACACCCACAAGGAAUUAGAAGCUGUGAAUGGCACUGAUACUCGGCUAAAGUGCACAUUUAAAUCAGAUUCUCCGUUGGGAGAUGAUGUCACUGUGUCGUGGUACUUCCGACCCCUCUGGGGGGGUACUGAUGAAUCCGUGUUCUAUUACCACAGGAGUGCACACCCUCCACCCAGUGGCCAUUUUGUUGGGCGUGCAUUUUGGGAUGGGAGCAUUUCAAAAGGUGAUGGAUCCAUCGUGAUCAGGAACGUGCAGCCUAAAGACAAUGGGACCUACCUGUGUCAGGUCAAAAACCCGCCUGAUGUUCAUGGGCUGAUGGGGGAGGUCCAGCUAAGAGUGGUUACUAAAGUGAAAUUCUCAGAGAUUUACAUUUUGUCGCUUGUGAUUGGCGUAUCGUGUGCUGUCAUCAUCCUGCUGGUCUUGUCAGUGGUUUUGUUCAGAUACUGUCGCGUGCAGAAGAAACAGAGAAAUACUGCUGUAUCUGUCCUGGAAUGUACAGAAAAGUUAACAGAGAAGCCACAAGACAUAACAGAGGGCACCGUGUGACACGCCCACAGGUCAACUCUGGUCCAUGAAAAGCCCCGGAUUCCUUGAACAGCGCACUGUGCACACUCAUGAAUCUUGGACAGCUGCGUGUAGACUGCUAUUAGUAUUAUUGGUUAGCCUAAGAGCUAAAUAGUAUAUGGAUUUGUACUAUAAAUAUACGUCUGGAUCUAUGGAGCUGCCGUCCUCAUGCCUAGAGCAUCUAGCGUGUGGCAUUUCUGCUGUUUAUACAAGUCUGCCCACAUGGCCCUGGUGCUAUUUUUCUGCCCCUUACACCCAUGGGGCUGACCUUUGCUGCCAGAAGUUAGUGUGUGAUCUCUACUGACCCACAGAUUCUAUUGCGCUAAUAUAAAGCUAAUGGUCAAGGGGGGGCGGGGUCAUUUUUUUUAUGAACAAAAAAACAAAAGAGAAAAAGAAUUAAGGGUGUUUGAUCGUUGUAUAAUACGUGUUUGCCUUCUUCAGACAGUUGAUUUUGUAGGUAAAUAUUUUAUGAAAUAGUCUAAUAUAAUGAAUAUAUUUUUUAAUAUGAAUAUGGUAGAGAAGGCAUCGACAUACGAAUAAAAGCUGUUAAACAUAUUACUGCUAUCAGUACAUUUAAUCUCAGCAGCGACUCUUUGCAAACAAAUCAUAGUAUGGGGUACACACUAUAACACAAAAAUAUCCCUAAAAGUGUAAAUAAUGUUUUGUUUCCGGAAUUUAUCCACCUUUAAUUACUUUUUUUUUUCCAUUCUACAUCAUACUGCCAGAUGUUUGUUGGUCAUUGUCACAUGACUUAUUUAGGUUCUCACAGGGAGUGAUUUUUAGAUUAUGCUCAUCCAAGAAAAGCAAUGUAUUGUCUUUCAAGCUGUGGACAUUAUUGUUUUCUGAAAAGACACAAAUACAGCUAACAGGAAAGCCACAUGCUUCUAUUAAUCACCCCAUCAGAGGAUUCCCUGCAAACAUUUUACAAGUCAAAAUACUACUACUUUAAACCAUGUGCUUCCAAAGAACAUUUUCUGAGGAUUGAGGAGGUAAAAAAUAAUAACAUAAUAUCAUUCUAAACCAUUAAAAAAAAAAGUACAUUUUCAUGCUAAGCACACAGUAAGUCCUUGCUUUACUUGAAAUAUCAUAACAAUCAGCCCUAUUAGGGGUCUGGAGGACUGGAAUUGAGAAAUCUUGAUCUAAGAUGUAUGACAGAGGGCUGAGUUAAACCCUUUAAGUGUUUUUUUUUUUUUUUUUUUUGCUGCCUAGGAUCCGAUUCUAGACGUACCAUGGGCAAGUAGCCCUUUGCCCACCAAGCUGUGGUUCACAUACGCAGAGGGAAUGUUGUUUAGUUAGUAAAGAUGGUACAGUAUAAAUAUAAUGUACAUUUGUCUAGUUGUAAAUGUUGAAUUUGUCCCUAUGUGUGUCAUUAAAGGGCCACUAAACCCAAAAUCUUUCUUUCAUGAUUCAGAUAGAACAUACAAAUUUAAACAACAUUACAAUUUACUUCUAUUAUUUAUUUUGCUUCAUUUUUUAUAGCCUUAUUUGAAGAAAAAGCAAUGCACAUGGGUGAGCCAAUCACAUGAGGCUUCUAUGUGCAGCAACCAAUCAGCAGCUACUGAGCAUAUCUAGAUAUGCUUUUCAGCAAAGAAUAUCAAGACAAUAACACAAAUUAGAUAAUAGAAGUAAAUUAGAAAGAUGUUUAAAAAUGCAUUCUCUUUCUAAAUCAUGAAAGAAAAAAUUUGGGUGUCAUGUCCCUUUAAGGGUGUUUAUUUCUCAACAGGUGAUCAUCUUGGAAGUUUUGUUAAAAGAAUCUGCCAUAUAACCAGCCUGCCUUUUUUGUGUGUCAAACAAUUGUUAUGUUGUAUUUUGAUAAAGUUAUUUAGUUUAUUGUACUCUUGUUAAUAAAAAAAAAAAUCUUUUUAACCA